UUGCCUCCCGCCUUCACGGAACACUAUCGCCCUGCACCCAGCCCUCCUUCCUGCACGAACCUGCGCUCUAUUUGACUACGAACCUACUGCAUUCCACGAUCGGCCAUGUCGCAGAAAGGAAACUACGGAGCUCCUCCAAAGUAUUUGAAUGACUUCAGCAAAGCCCUCGCAAGCGAGGUUCGCAUCCUCCUCGCUGAGGUUGGCAAACUUAGGGAUGAGCGGCGGCAGCUGCAGUACGAGAUCGCGGAGCUCAUGGCGGUGAAGUCCAAGCACGGCGCAGGGGGUGAAUAUACGCCAGACUGGGCUCCCAAGCACGAAGAAGCACCACCACCCGCUAUUGCUGCCCCUCCCGUAGACUCAGAAAUCAUUGACGACUCGAUGCCUGCUCGUCCUGCGUGGCGCACAGUGCACAAGCGCGAGGAGCGACGUCAGAAACCGAAGGCCAAAGCUAUUGCAGCACCACCCCCACCGCCUGCGAUCGCUGCUCCAGAGCCUAUGACCUUGCCCGCCUGGGCGCAGUGGAAGCCGAACCCUUUGCUGUCCCCGGUGCCCGUCGCUGGCUCUCCCUCCGCGCCACUUCCCUCCGAUCACGGCGGCAGUAUGGCUCGCUCCGGUCUCUUCGGACCACCGACACCUCCGCCGAAGUAACUGCACGAUGAAACUAACGACGUCCGGAUGGAAGUUGAAGUAUGUUUACGCCGUGGUGCUCAGUUUCACUCGUGCUUGAUUUAUCUACUCCGUUUUCUCACCAUUUUCAUUUCUUCCUCUCGGUACCUCUUUUUUUCCUUACGUUUGUAUUCGCUCUCCUCA